AUGUGUCUCCUGCAGACGCCGGAAGCACUAAUACACGAAAAUCAGUAUCUCUUCAGUACGAACUCAAGUCAGAAUUGGCUGCACGAAGUUUCGUCCGGCAGAUUUCAGCCGCUCUCCCGCAUGAAACGAGUCAUCGGCGUCCCCGCGGGGUCUUUUUUUGAGAUAAAAUGGUCGCUCAACUUUCCAUACGAUACUUACACCUUUUCGAAGAUCAAGUUACAAUUUGGCCUGCCGAUCAGGGUAGGCUUUCCUUACGGCAUCGUGGUCGGGGGUGCGGGGAAGCGAUCAGUUGACGCCGGCUACGGGGAGGAGGAGGACGUCGACGGGGCGGACCACAGCACCGACUCCUUCGCCCACUGGUACCAGCCUAAACACAGCAACCAGCUGGAGUUACACGAGAUGGCCAGACGAGCAGCCCGCCAGGAACGGUUGUCCUUCUAUAAUAACCUGAUCGGAACCUUCAAUGAGACCGGGGUGGACGGCCUCAGCUGCCUCCUUAGGGUCAUCUGCGAGGUGGCCGAGGCGCCCUUCGACCAGGGUCUGCUGGGAGAGCUGAUCAACACCCUCCUCACAGCGUCGCUGGCCGGUCACCCAGACACCGAGGAGGAGAGGAAGGAUUAUGGCCACUUCAUCGAGGCGGAGCUGCACGGCAAACUGGAGGGCGACUGCGAGACGCGCUACUACCAGUGUGAGGCGUCGCCUUUUGACCUCAUUCCCAACGCCAUCCACAGGGUCUUUUAGUGCUGGUAAUCUUCUGGAGGCAAGUGUGGUUUGUCGGGAACAACGCGGCUACGACGCCUCGUCUGUUAGUGGUACCGUGUUGAUAUUGUCAGCGUCUUGCAGCCAUGUAUUGAUAUUCCAUGACAGAGUGUAUUGUAUUAAUUUAUUAGCAAUGAUUACGGAUGGGUUGCUUCCCUCUUGCCCUUCCCCACGCCUUCCCUGCCUCGCCUACCCUCACACCCCGCCCGUCCCUGCCUCGCCUACCCU